UUACUUAAAAUAAAGAAACAAAUAACACAUGGAUACCUUGCGCACAGACCAAGAGAGGAAGAAUACUACUUUUAUCAUUUUGGCGUCACAGUGCAUGAGAGCAUCAUAAAAAAAGAAAGAAAGAGAUAGAAUAUUGCAAAAACCAAACCUUGUAUUAUUACUUGAUAUAACAAAAAUUCCACUUCCUUUGCGUUUCCAAUUCGUUCAGAAAUCAUCUCUCCGAUAUGGAUGGUGCAGCAGGCCUAGGGUUGUACCCUCUCCACCGUUGCAAAACUAUUCACUUGGUGAGACAUGCACAGGGAUUGCACAAUGUGGCUGGAGAGAAGGAGCACAGUGCAUACUCAUCUCCCGAUUUUUUUGACGCACAGAUUACCCCUCUUGGCUGGGACCAGGUGGAUAAUCUGCGCAAACAUGUUCAUUCGUCAGGUCUUUCGAGUAGUAUUGAACUUGUCGUUGUUUCCCCUUUGUUAAGGACUAUGCAAACUGCUGUUGGAGUUUUCGGUGGAGAAGGCUAUCCGGAUGGAAUUAUUAAUGCACCUCCGUUGAUGGCUGAACACAUUUUGAAUAAUAAUCGUCCAGCUAUUUCAAGUUUAAAUUCUCCUCCAUUUGUUGCAAUGGAACUUUGUAGAGAACGUUUGGGAGUUAAUUGGUGUGAUAAGAGAAGGAGCAUAAGCGAGUACACGACAUUGUUUCCUGCAAUCGAUUUUUCACUGAUAGAAAGUGAUGAUGAUACUCUCUGGGAACUUGACGUGAGAGAGACAAAUGAAGAUAUUGCUCGGAGGGGUCUCAAGUUUUUGAACUGGUUGUGGACUAGGGAGGAGAGAGAGAUAGCGGUUGUUACUCAUAGUGCAUUAUUAAUGCACACACUUACUGUAUUUGGAGAUGAUUGUCAUCCUUCGGUGAAGCCUGAAAUAUGCAAACCAUUCAAUAAUUGCGAACUUCGACCACUGGUUAUUGUCGACAGAAGUAUGAUUGGUUCAAGUUCUACAAAAAUCAAUUAUCCCAGAAAAAUACCUCGAGGGAUUGAUGCCCAAAUCGCUGAUCCUAAAAGGAAUAAGUCUGGUGAAGGCAACAAUGGAAUAAGAAUGAAAGCAGCCACUAAGAUGAAAGCUCUUGUGAAAAAACUCAAGGUGAAGAAAAGGGAAGCAUCAUGUCACAUCUGUUGAGGAAAAUGCUCAACGAGAGUGUCCGUGAUCAUGCGAGCAACAUGUGUUCUAAUUUCCUUACAUGUACUGUUUUUAUUAUGAAAUUUUAUGUUAUAUGAUAAAAAGAUCAUAACUCAUGUUAAACUGUAGAACCAUUAUAUUCUCAUUCUUUCUUCAAUUCAUUAUCGAAUGUUCUAACCUCCAUAAACUUUAGCUUUUGUCAAGUCUAUCCCACUUAAAAAAGGAUAAAUGUGUUAUGUUUUUUAAUUUUUUUACUACCUAUUUUACCCUUAAUCAUUAAGUUAUAAUAUUUUUAAAUAUAAAGUAAUUAUGUAAAUUUAUAAGUAAUAUUUUGAUCAAUUUGUUUAAUUAAGUAGACAAUAGUCAUCUUAUGUAUAAAAGGAAGCUCUUAAAAAAAUAUAAAAGGAAGAACUUUUGACCUAUAACCAUAAACCUAAUUUAGGGCUAUUUUCAACAAUUCGUGUCGGCAGUUUUUUUGUUUUUUUUUUCUUUUGGAUAUUUUUUAGUUUGUUUUCAUUCCACAGCGAUAACUAUGAUAAAUAAAAGGAAAGUAAAAAAAUAGCACACAUAUACAAAUUGAAGAUACGAUCAAUAACUGCUCCAUUUACAUCUCAGGUACGUCGCUUUGAAGCUGGACUAUAGAUAUCUUUAGCUAAAGGUUUGGUGAAGUAGUCCGCCAUUUGAUGCUAAAAUCGAAUAUGAAGGAGCUUAACCGAACCAUAAGUGACUUGUUCGUGCACAUAGUUGUUAGAGUAGGUGAUCCUUUGGCAUUCUAAUCCUUGCAUGUACAUUGAUAUAAUCCUUACAGUUGCUCUAUUAUUAUGAAUUAAUCUACUUGAAUUAUGAG